CGGUAAUGCACCGUGAAGUCAUUGCCGAGCGACCAGAAAAAGGCUAGAAUAGAAGCGUGUGUGUUCUGUGCAAGAACCUCCCGUCGUCCACAUUGUGGGGAUACAUGGUGGGCAGCACUCCGUGCAACUAACUUCUGGCGCCUAAUAUACUUUGUAACUAUACUUUCGACAAUUCAAUCGGACACAGAGACAUUGGGUAAAACACAAUGUCGGCGUCCACGGCGAAAGUGAGUAAGAAGGAGAACUCCAACCAUGAUGGAGAGAAGGAGACUUCUGAAAAAGAUCAACAGGAAGCCAUCGAACACAUUGAUGAAGUACAGAAUGAAAUUGAUAGACUAAAUGAGCAGGCCAGUGAAGAAAUUCUAAAAGUUGAGCAGAAGUACAACAAACUACGCCAGCCAUUCUAUCAGAAGAGAUCGGCGCUCAUUGCCAAAAUUCCUAACUUUUGGGUCACAACAUUUGUCCACCAUCCACAAGUUGCCGCUAUUCUGGGAGAGGAGGAUGAGGAAGCCCUUCAGUACUUGAAGAGGGUGGAGGUCGCAGAGUUUGAAGAUAUCAAGUCGGGAUACAGAAUUGAUUUUUAUUUUGGCGAGAAUCCUUACUUCGAGAACAAAGUCCUCUCCAAAGAGUUCCACCUGAACGAGACCGGAGAUCCCGUCUCCAAGUCGAGUGACAUCAAAUGGAAGCCUGGGGAGGACCUGACCAAACGCACAACGCCUCAAAUAAAAACAGGCAAGAAGAGGCGUUUUGAGGACACGGAGACAUUCUUCACAUGGUUCACGGACCAGACUGACUCUGGGGCCGAUGAGGUGGGAGAGGUCAUGAAGGACGACAUCUGGCCCAACCCCUUACAGUACUACCUGGUUCCUGACAUGGACGAGGAUGACGAUGAUGAUGAAGAUGGGGAAGAGGAUGAUGCCCUAGAAGAUAUUGAUGAGGAAGACGAAGAUGAUGAUGAUGACGAUGAUGAGGACGAAGAAGAUGGCGAGGAUAACGGCAACUAAGCUUCAGAAGAAUAUGUCUACCACUCAUCGUUCUCGACCCUAGGAAGCAACUCGCUUUGUGUGUUUUUCAAGUUUCCCACUCCUUUUUUUUUUCUUUUAUUUCGGCAAAUGCUUCAUAUUUCUGUACCAGUCAUGGCCUGUCAUACAAGCCAUGUUUCAAGACAAAGAGCCUUUUCUUAGUCAUAGUUUCAGGGUGGUUCUCUAGAAAGUCUUGUCUAUUAUCACAUCAAAAGAAGAUAUGCAAACAUUUAUGUAUACAUUUUACUGCUGCGUGUCUAAUGCAGAUAUCAAAUGUUUUGUAUUGUGGCGCGAUGGAUGGAAAUACACGAGGCUGCGGUGUUGAAUUAAUGCAUCCAUCCAAUUACUACUUUAAGUCUAGAAUAGUUGUGGUUUUGGGAGCCUAAUUUUGCAUUUCCUUUUUUGUACUGAAUUUAAGUACCAGCUUGUUCAUUUCAACAUUUCAGGGGUUAUCUUGGUAUGCCAGUAUUAAAAUUUGUUAACAUUUUUGGAGAGGACUGAAUGUCGACAGGUAGAGAAUGGUGGGGUUAAUGGGGGCAUAUCAAUGGAUGUAUGUUUGUUCACUUGUUAUUAUCAUCCAGCAGCUAAAGCUCGGAUUCAAUUUGUAAUAAAAAAUAAAAUGUAUUUUGUGUUCAAUUUUGUGGGGCGGGCAAUAAAGGAUCCAGCUAGCCUGUGA